AUGGCUCCGAAGGCCAAGUUUAGGAGCCAUCUAUCUCACGGGUCGGGACCGAGAGGUGUGGUCUCAGGGGACGGACCUCGUCGCCAUCGCAGACAGGCCACGCUCGAAUCGAUUAAGGAGUUGGAUUGCAGAGUCCCUGGUCCCAACGCUACACAGAAUAGGACGACAUCUUUCGCCGCCUCCCAGAGGAGAAUUCGUGGCGGCACCUCCGAGUUUGGCACCAAUUUUGCAGAAUAUUCCGACACAGCCAUCACCCAAGCAGCGAAUCUCUUGGGGACAGUGCUUGCCUCGCUCUUGCCUGUUGUUGCCAUCAUCGUGCUUUACCUGAUAGAAGGAAUGGGCAUCCGUCUGGGACUAGUUGCCAUCUUCAGUGCGCUUUUUUCAACGUGUCUGUGGUUUUUGAAUGAUGGGAAAUUGAUUGAGGUGUUUUCAGCAACUUCUGCGUGA